AUGAGCGGAGGUGAAGAGUUUACUGAUGAGUCUGACUUCAGCGAGUACUGGAUCGACUGGUUUUUGGGCACCAAGGGCAACGAGUACUUUUGCGACGUCGACUACGAGUACAUCACCGAUAGGUUCAACCUCACAGGCCUCAACAACGAGGUGUACAAUAUCCAACUCGCCAUCGAUUUAAUCACCGACAAUUGCAAGCUCAGCGACAUCGAAGAUGAGAGAGGUAAUGACAAUGAAGAUGAAGGCGAAGAAGAUGACGAUGAUGAACAAGAAAAGCGUAACCAGGAGUACCGGGACGAAAUGGAGUAUAGCGCAAGGAUCUUGUACGGGUUAAUCCACGCUAGAUAUAUAAUAACCACCAGGGGUUUGCAAAAGAUGUACGAGAAAUACAAGAACGGUGACUUUGGCUAUUGUCCUAGAGUCUAUUGUCAGUUACAGCCAUUACUUCCCGUGAGCAUGAAUGAUCAGCUAGGACACUCCCCAGUCAAAUUAUAUUGUGCCAACUGUGAAGAUUUGUACAAUCCUAAGUCUACUAGACACUCGUAUCUAGAUGGAGCGUUCUUUGGUACCAGUUUCCCAGCGAUGUUUUUCCAAACUUUCCCGCAAUUGGUCCCGGUACACAACACCGAGGUGUGCUGUCCAAAGAUCUAUGGGUUUGAAUUGCACGAAUAUAGUAAGUUAAACAGAUGGAGAGAACUUCAAAAGAGAAAACUCAUAACAAAAUUGAAGGCAAAUGGAAUUCCUGUGGAUAAUUGUAAUGGUGGCUACGCUCUGAAAAAAAAGGAGAGUUAUUAA